CUUGACCUUCAUAGAUGGUAUGACCUUGGCAGCAUUCGAGGACUCUGGCUGGUAUAAAGUGAACUACUCCAUCGCUGACAGCUAUAGAUGGGGAAAAGGUCAGGGCUGCAGGUUUGGUCUAAAGAAGUACUGUAGUUCUGAUGAGAACUCUUUCUUUUGCACUGGAAAGAAACAUGGCUGCCAUUAUACACACAAGGACAGGGGCGUGUGCCACACAGACAGUUUUCUCUCUCCGUGUCGAGUGUACAAGUCUGACAAGGAGAAUGCGUGCGUGAAUGGGUUUCAUGAGCAUCAUGCAGACAGAGUGCACCUAGAGGUAUAUGGCGACCAGAGCAAGUGCUUCAUGUCGAACAUAACAAGCCUGAAGGCAGAGAAUGCGUCAGAGCUUGUUGGUCGUUGCUUUGAGCAUCGCUGCCUAGACAUACGCACACUGCAAGUGAAGGUUGACCAUGAAUGGUACAGCUGUCCUGACGUUGGAUAUCUCGAGGUUUCCGUCUACAGAGGAGUGAUGCUCUGCCCUGAUGCAGAGAUCCUGUGUCAUGAUUUCACUAACCAAACUGCAACUACACAAUUGUUGCCAACUACUGAGCAGACGACUGUGAUUACCGACUAUCCCUUGCACGUCAUGACGAGAUUUGACAGGGACAUUGACGACAUCAACACACGUUCUUUCAUUAUUGGCUACCGGGAUGCUGUGUCACAAAUCACCGGCAUAAGGAGUUCACGUAUCGUAAAUGGUCACAUCACCGGUGACUCUCUUCGCUUCUUUCUGCUACCCGCUGACAACGUAUCGGACACCCUGAUGAGCAGGGAUGCCGUGGUAAAGCUGGAGCAGGCUGUAAAAGAGCAGAGGCUCAGGGUAGAGCUAGGAUUGGAUACCUUCACUGCCAUUUAUAUCGGAGAUGCUGAUCUAGCAAGUGAACAUGCUACGGUGGCACCACUGUCUGGAGCCGCCAUCGCGUGCAUUGUUGUGAUCAUAGUGGCACUUCUCGUCAUCGUUAACGGCAUCCUUCUGGUGAAGCUGCGAGUUAUCAACCUCCAGAAGCUGAGAGACCGGUUGCUGCGGAAACCACCGCCAACAACUCACGUGAACGGCAAUGCGUUCAAGAUGAAUGGCGUAUGACGGCAGCCAUUUUUAAUGCAAAUUUUAGAACAUUAAAUUUUAUGGUGACGAUAGUAAAUGCCACGAAUGUUGCAGGAUUGUAUUUCACUCACUCGUCCUUCAUAGAGUUUAUUAAGUUAUUGCAGGUUGUCAAGUUUAUUUUAGAACGAACGAGAAGUCUGUGUAAUAGGUAUUUAUAUACCCGAUGGUGAUUGUGAUUGUGGGUGGUUGCCAUGGUGAUGAAGUGGCAGACAUUGUAAAUUUGUGCUUAUUUUUUGUACGCAAAUUAUGACGUUUGGUAAAGCCAUGUCUUUAUUAUGGUACUCGUAAAAUAAAGUACUAAUGUAUAAACUUUUA